GUUCCAGGCCGGCAAGCAACUAUAGCGAUUGCGCGAAUCUUAUAUAGUUGGAACCGGUGAAGGUGUAAGCGUUGUCAGUCGACUACGUGUGUCGGAAAAAGCAACAUCGUAUUAAGCGCAACAUUGUGCUUUCGACAAAUUGUGACUUAAAUUGGUUUUUUUUUAGUAAGGUAUCAUAUGAUAUCAAAUUAUUUAUUAAUGCAGCUUGUUCUUCUAGCUGAUUCAUGAAAAUAUAAUUACGCUCGUAGUACGCCCGAUUAAUCGAUAAACCGACCGGCGUUUCCCAUAAAAACCUACCCGGCAAAUUGACACAGUGAGAUAAUUUGUUACACAAGAUAAAUGUCAACUAAACACAAAAAUCAGAAUAAAAUGAAGACUCAAAGACAAGUAUUGAAUGCAAUUCAUCGGCUAAUUGAAUUCAUAGCCAGAUUGAUAUACAUGUUUAUUGCAUUUUUAAAAGGUCCUGCAGAAUCUCAACCACCUAUAAAGGAUUUAAUACUUUUACACAGUGCAACUACUUUAGCUUUUAAAAUUCGAAAUAGACAGUUAAUGUCAGAAGAAAUAGUACAAUCUUACAUAGAUAGGAUAAGAGAAAUUCAGCCAGUGUUAAAUUGUAUGGUGGAGGAUCGCUUUGAAGAUGCUCUCAAGGAAGCAAAAAUGUGUGAUGAAUUUUUGAAAUCUCAAAAUGCUCCAUCUCCUCAAAUAUUAGCUGAAAAGAAACCUUUCUUUGGUGUACCUUUUACUACAAAAGAUUGCAUUGGAGUUGCUAACAUGAAACAAACAGCUGGUUUAACUGUUCGUAAGAAUAUUGUUUCCAAAUAUGAUGCAGAAGUGAUUAGAUUAAUGAGAGAUGCUGGGGCUAUCCCUCUAGCAACCACAAAUGUAUCAGAAUUAGCCAUGUGGUGGGAAACUUCCAAUUGUUUAUAUGGAACUACGAAAAAUCCUUAUAAUACUAGACAUAUUGUUGGUGGAUCUUCUGGUGGUGAAGGUUGUAUACAAGCAGCAGCUGGUUCACCAUUAGGAAUAGGAUCGGAUAUUGGUGGCUCUAUUCGUAUACCGAGUUAUUUUAAUGGAAUUUUCGGACAUAAACCUUCUACAGGAAUAGUUUCAAAUGAUGGUCAAUAUCCGAGUGCACAAAGUGAAGAUCAAAAACGAUUGCUCGCAAUUGGCCCUAUGUGCAGAUAUGCACAAGAUUUAUCGCCUAUUUUAAAGAUUCUGGCAGAUAAAAAUGCGGAUAUAUUACAUUUAAAUGAAAAAGUAGAUAUCUCGAAACUCAAGUUCUAUUAUAUGGAAGAUGACGGAGGUCAACUCUUAACAUCCCCAGUUGAACUAGAAAUAAAAGAAGCAAUGAGAAAAGUGAUUCGAUAUCUAGAAAAAGCUUACAAAGUCAAAGUGACUAAACUCAAUAUUAGAAAACUGAAAAAGAGUACUGCAUUAUGGAUGGCAAAUAUGAGUUGUAAAGAUGAGAAAGAUUUCACGUAUGAAUUAUCAAAUAGAAAUGGUCAUAUAAAUUUAUGGUGGGAAUUUUUGAAAUGGACAAUGUUUAUGAGUAAUCAUACAUUAAUAGCUCUUCUUACUGCUACGUUUGAAAGAUUUGCGGUGAAGCAUGGAAGCGACCAACACACUAAACUGAUACAAGAAAGUAGGGAACUUUAUCGAGAAUUUCAGGAUAUUUUAGGUGAAGAUGGUGUAUUUCUAUUUCCAACACAUCCAACUGCAGCGCCAUUACAUCAUGAACCGCUGGUAAAAGCAUUCAACUUUUCAUACACUGCUAUUAUUAAUGUAUUGGGCUUGCCUGCUACUGCUUGCCCCUUAGGUUUAAAUAAACAAGGACUUCCUAUCGGUAUACAGAUUGUUGGUGGCCUACAUCAAGAUCGUUUAACUAUAGCUGUUGCUGAAGAGUUAGAACGAGGUUUUGGAGGCUGGGUACCUCCAGUUAUCGUAGCUUGAUAUAUUUAUUCUUUGGACAAUAAUUUAAUGCGUAAUAUGGUACAUAAAUUUUUUUUACCAUACUCUGCCAUUAUUAUUUUUCGAAAACUAAUUUACACCUGAUUAAUUCAUACCAGAAAAAAAGUACAAACUCAUAUUCAAAAAAUAGAUAUUGACGUUUUAAAUAUUUUAGGAAGAAUUGAAAAGGAACUGAUUAUACGUAUAUACGUAAUAUGAUAAAUAUAAAAAUUUUCGUAUCGAUUCAUAAUCGAUUAUGAACUAAAUUUUGUUAAAUGCGUGAAUUAUACGUAUAUAUACAUAUAUAUAUUGGAUAUAUAUAUUGAGAUAUGCGUAUAUUUGUAUUUAUAAAUUGAUGUUAAAAAAUUCAUUUUUCUAACAAAAAUCAUGUUGAAAGAAGUAAUAACAUUUGUACAUAAGUAAACUACUACACUGUAUUUAAUUACCGUUUUUAUAUACCUCAUUAUAGAUCUCUACAUAGGAUUUUCUAUUUUCAUACGAAUUGAGAGAGAGAGAGAGAGAGAGAGAGAGAGAGAGAGAGAGAGAAAGAAAGAAUGAAUGAAUAAAUGAUAGAAAAAGAAAAACGAAUUAUGUACAUGGUAGUAGGGUGCUUUCAGUAAUGUGAUAAAGUAUUAAAAAUUUUAUGUUUA